CAGAGCGGCUGAUCACAUGUUGGGCUAUACUUAAAUAUGAAAGCAGCAUGAACAAAUUCUUUUUUUCUCCCCUCUUCUCUCCCUUUGCAUCUUCAGUGAAACGCUUUUUUUUUGUCACUGCAUCUUCUGGGAAACAAACUUCCCAGAGUUUGUGGGAGCAGCAGUAGUUGAAAUCAGUCCAAGCAGCUGGUGACUCGGUCUAAAGUCUUUACAGAAACAGAAAACGAUGAAAACUUUGCUUCUGUUGCUUCUCUUCUGUCGUGUUUCAUCAACAAUGAAACACACACUGAGAUAUUUCUCCACUGGAUCCUCUGGAGUCUCAAACUUGCCAGAACUUGUGACUGUUGAAGUGCUUGAUGACAUCCAGACUUAUGUCUGUGACGGCAUCAAGAAGGAAUUAGACGUAAAACUGGACUGGCAGAAAAAAAUCUUUGAUAAUGAUCCUGAUCAAUAUAAAUUCUACACCGACGAUUGUUAUAGAGUGUAUCCUCACCUCUUCAAGACCACGAUGUCCAGUCUGAAGCAGAUCUUCAACCAGAGUGAAGGUGUCCACAUCUUACAGCUUAUGGAAGGCUGUGAAUGGGAUGACGAGACUGGAGAGGUUACUAACUUCUUACAGUAUGGUUACAAUGGAGAAGACUUCAUUGCUCUGGACCUGAACACAUCAACAUGGAUCACUCCUAAAGCUCAAGCCGUCUCCAUCAAACUGAGAUGGGAUUCAGACAUAGCUAGAAUAAACUUCAACAAAUACUUCUACACUCAGAUUUGUCCUAAUUGGUUGAAGAUGUAUUUACACCAUGGGAAGAGCACUCUGUUGAGAACGGACAUCCCCUCAGUGUCUCUCCUCCAGAAGACUCCCUCCUCUCCAGUCAGCUGCCACGCUACAGGUUUCUACCCUGACAGAGCCAUGAUGUUCUGGAGGAAAGACGGAGAGGAGAUUCAUGAAGGAGUGGAACAUGGAGAGAUCCUCCCCAACCAUGAUGAAUCCUUCCAGAUGAAUGUUGACCUGAACAUUUCAUCAGUCUCACCUGAAGACUGGAGGAGGUACGACUGUGUGUUUCAUCUCUCUGGUGUGGAGGACGACAUCAUCACCAAACUGGAUGAAACACAGAUCAGAACCAACUGGGUGAAGUCCAGUAACAAGACCACCUCCACCAUCAUCUCUGCAGUGGUUGUUGUCGUCGUCGUUGCAGCAGCUGCUGGAUUCAUGGUUCAUAGAAAGAAACAAGACCAAAAGGCUCCACCUGACCUUACAGAUAGUGAACACGGCUCUGAGCUCUCUGAGAGACUGGAUCCAGAAACCUGACUGACAGUAUCUGUAUUUUUCUUAUAUUUUAAUGUUCACAGUAACUUACAUGAAUUACGGGUGAACAAGGUUAAACCAUGUUCUUUUCUUUUGUGGGGGCAGAUUCAUCAUAAUUGUGAUGUUUACAGUUACAGACCAAAUCAAAGUCUAGUGGAACCAGGUAGUGAUAGUGGUUUAAUCACUGAGCAGGAAAUCACAUUCAUAUUAAGUUGCCUUCUAAGCCAGUUGGGCUGGUCAAAGGUGAAAUAAAACGCACACCUAUUGAUAUUGGUAAUACCAUGUAUUAUAUCCAAAAUCAGAGUCAGAAUCAGCUUUAUUGGCCAGGUAUGUGAACACAUACAAGGAAUUUGACUCUGGUCACUUUGCUCAGUGGUACAAACAACAACAACACUUGAAUAAGUAUAAAAUAAAAACAUAUGAAAAAAUAGAAAAACUAACAUAAAUAGACUUUCAGAAUAAAAAAUAGUAUAUACAUCUAUACACGCAGUGAAUAUGAAGAUGAACAUGAAUAGGAACAGUACUAUGUACAAAAUGUAGUGAAACAGUUUUUGUGCCGGGUGGUUUUGGCGUACAGUGCUCUGUAGCGCCGGCCUGAGGGGAGGAGUCUGAAUAGAUAGUGUCCGGGGUGUGAGGGGUCAGUGGAGAUUUCACCGGCCCACUUCCUGACCCUGGACUGGUCCAGGUCCUGGAUGGAGGGAAGGUCGGUGCCAAUAAUCCUCUCUGCUGACCUGACUGUCCCUGUCCUGUCUGGUGGCUGAUCCAAACCAGACCAUGAUGGAUGCAGUCAGGACAGACUGGAUUAUUACAGAGUAGAAGAAGAUCAGCAGCUCCUGAGGCAGGUUGAACUUCCUGAGCUGACGUAGGAAGUAAAACCUCUGCUGGGCCUUCUUCCUAACACAGUCAAUGUGGGAGGUCCACUUCAGGUCCCGUGAGACUGUGGACCCUGAAUGAGUCCACAGCAGGGACGGUGCUGUUUAGAAAAGUACGGAGAUCUGUGGAUGGGGUUGAGCGAGUCUUGAGCGAGUUUAGUUCUUGAGAGAACCAGCUGAUCCACUUACUCUCUAAAUGCAGACUUGUCCUCGUCCUGGAUGAGUCCAAUGACGGUGGUGUCAUCUGCAAACUUGAGGAGAUUCACAGAAGGUGCAGGCAUUAGUGUAAAGGGAGAAGAGCAGUGGGAAGAGAACACAUCCCUGGGGGACGCCAGCGCUGAGAGUCCAGGUGCUGGAUGUGAAACUUCCCAGUCUCACCUGCUGCCUCCUCACCACAGGGUUGGAGGAUGGUCUCCUGUAGGUGGUGAUGGUCUGCAGGCCUUUCCAAACUGUUGUAGAGUCGUUGGCAGAAAGGUUUUCUGCAGCUGUUCAGUGUAGUUUUUGUUUUCUGUAGGCCUCUUCCUUGUCCUGGCGUAGUUGUCUCAGUCUUGCAGUGAACCAUGGUUUGUUGUUGUUGAAAGUGCAGAAGGUUUUGGUCUGCACACACGUGGCCUCACAAAAACUGAUGUACGAUGUCACAGUGUCAGUCAAAAUAAUACAUUUGCUAAAAUCAAAGAUUUAAAUAGUUUUUUUAUCAUUUCCAUUUGGCUUGUCUGGUAGGGAGUCGCCAUGUGUCACUUUGUUUCUAAGUUAUUACAAUUAUACCUGAAGAUAAGAAAAUGUCCUGACAGUGAGUUUUACCUCAGUGACCAGUUUGCGGUUGUUGUCGCCCUCUAGUGGAAGGACACUGAAACACAGCUUUCACUGAGAGUCGAAACAAAAGCAGCUCAGCACCCUGGUCUUAAUGAGGCCCUGACAUUUCCUGUAAAUCAUGUGUUUUCUCUGUUUACCUUACAAACUGUGAUGCUAUGUUUGCUGGUGCUUUUUCCUUCAUUUGUAAGGUUGUUGUUUUUUUUUUGUUGUAGUUGAUUUUUUUAUUAUUAGAUUUUCAUGGAGUCACUUCCUGAUGAAAUGUGUUGAGUGUUUGCUUUUAAACAUGUCUUGCCCAUAAUCUAUUAAAUCCAUUUUUACCUUUUUUCUAA